AUGCAGGAAUGGAGUGAAUUUGUUUUUGCGGGGGACGAUGCACCCCCUCUCGAACAGCAAGUGUCCCGAGAGGAACGUGAUCGCAUUUUGAAGCUGUUGUUCAAAAUACAUAGUGCCACUGGGCACGGCAGUUAUGAACUUUUGCUCAAAACCCUCCAAAGGAGACAGGUUAGUCCCCAUGUGCUUGCCAUAGCCAAGUCCUUUAGGUGCAGCGCGUGUGACGAAAGAAAGAGGCCUGAUCCUCGACGUCAGGCCAAUCUGGAAGUUCACACUGACCGCUGGCGCAGUGUGCAGAUCGACACUGCAUACUGGAAGCAUCCAAUCUCCAAGAAGCAGGUCUCAUUCAGUUUGGUCAUGGACGAGGCAAGUCGCUUCCUGGUUGGCAAAGUCAUGCGGAUGGACGGAGGCAAAGGAGUCAAAGCCUCCGAAUACGCUGAACUCUUCACAAACCACUGGUUUCCAUAUUUUGGCAUGCCGGAUGUGGUAAGAUCUGAUCCAGAGGGAGCUUUCCGAUCGGAGGAGAUGCUGAACUUCUUCAGUGAACGAGGCAUCCACCUGGACCAUAUCCCAGCCGAAGCACACUGGAACCUUUCUCAUGUGGAGCGCUGUAUUGAGUGGGUGAAGGAAUUUCUCACCAAGACAGCCGGAGAUGCGGAACAAGACGUCGCACAGCUGAUCCAACACGCCAUCUACACCUGGAACCAUCGAGAAACCGUGCGAGGGUAUAGUCCCUUUCAACAUGCCAUUGGUAGGCAGCCAGACAUCGAAGGUCGAGUAUUUGAUCGACGAACCACUGACCUGCCAAUGGAGAUGAUGCAGUCUCCAGAUGGUGAGAUGGAAGUUGCCUCCCAGUUGCGACAACAGGCAUCUAAAGCAUUCAUUGAUUGGCAAGUGCAGGAGAAGCUCACCAGAGCCCGCAACUCGAAACAUCAUCCUCGCAAAGACUUCUUUCCAGGGGAUUUGGUAUUCUACUGGCGAACACAGCUGGGGAACGCCGAAAGGCAAAACUCCUGGAAUCGAGGCAACUAUGUGGGUCCAGCGAGAGUCCUGGCAGUUGAGACCCGACAAGAACACGGUCAACUGCGUGCAAGCAGUGUGGUAUGGCUGGUGCGGGGCAAUCGACUCGUGAAAGUAGCUCAAGAACAACUGAGGCCCGCCUCCAUGCGGGAGACAUGCUUACACGAACUCACCAGACCACCACAACUACCGUGGACCUUCAACAGCCUAGCCGGAGACCUUCACAAAGCCUCCUUUCAAGACCAUACUGGUCCUGGACCCUCAGAGAACAAACGAUCCCUGGUGGAGCCGGAGGAGUUGGAUGACACAGAACACCCUACAAACCGAAGACGAGUCACGGGCAAGCAACAACAGUCACGUCAACAAGACCGGAGCAGAAGUCCAAAGCCAAGUCGCAGUGAAGACGCAGCUCUAUUCACAGGACCCUCGUGGCAAGAACUGGUGCCCGAGUCAGCGUCUGUUUGGCUUGUUUUGAACUGCUAG